GACAGUUUUUGGUUCUUAUACAGAAAAUUAUGUAAAUACUGAUAGUUCUGUGACAGUGAUUUUUUCUGCUUAUCCAGCCAUUGCAGGCAGCAGUUGCUUUGCUUCCUGAAGUCUGGUUCACCAUGAAGUUAGAGGUGCCAGAAAGCUUUGAAGAUGUUGCUGUUGAGUUUUCACGAGAGGAGUGGAAGAUGCUGAGUAAACCAGAGAAAGAGCUACACAAGGAGGUGAUGGUGCAGAACUAUGAAAACAUGAUUUCUGUAGGAUAUAACAUCCCAGUGGAUCAGCUUUGGUUAUUUAUCAAGAAAGAUGAGAAGCUUCCAUCUGAUGGCACUGAAGUAAGACUGAAGAUGGCUAUGAAGCAGCUUUCUAGUAGAAGUAUCAACACCAACAGCAAUGCAUAUUUCACCAGGAUCCAAAGUCUGCAGUCACAUCAUGCAAAAUUCCUUGACAUUGAAUGGAACAGAACUCACCCAGAUAUGUCAGUCAUAGAAGAAGGCCCAAUGCAGAGUGAAAUCAAACACAAUAAUUAUAUGGAAAGUAAUGAGGGGUUUAUCAAGAAAAGUGAACUUGAAAUGCAUCUGCAAAGUCAUGUCAAAGAAAGUUAUUGUGGCUGGCUUAACCACACAUUUCGUACCAAAAAAUUAAUUGAUAAAUUAAGACAAAGUGGGAAAAGACAGAAGAAUACUGUGGUAACGCGUGAGCAAAAAUUCAGCCUAGAGAAGCUGUACAAAUGUCCCACAUGUGGCAAGGGUUUUACAGAUAGAAAAAAAUUAGCAUUACACAAAAUUAGUCACACUAGACAGAAUUGCUUUAAAUGUACCACUUGUGACAAGAGUUUUACACGGAAGAGUCAUGUGGUAAGCCAUCAACAUAUCCACACUGGGCAGAAACCGUACAAAUGCACAAUGUGUGAGAAGACCUUCAGACAUGCAUGUGUUAUGUACCAGCAUCAGAGAGUUCACACAGGGAGCAAACCAUAUAAAUGUACAUUGUGUGAUAGGAGUUUUAGACAGAAGGGUAACCUAGUAAGUCACCAGAGGAUCCACACUGGUCAUAAACCUUACAAGUGUACCAUGUGUGACAAGACAUUCAGACAUGCGUGUGCUAUGCAUAGGCAUCAGAGUGUUCACACUGGGCAGAAACUCUUUAAAUGCACAAUGUGUGAUAAGACUUUUACACAGAAGGAUAACAUGGUCAGGCAUCAGAGUAUCCACACUGGCCAUAAACCCUACAAAUGCACCAUGUGUGACAAGACCUUCAGAUAUGCAAGUGCUAUGCAUAGGCAUCAGGGUGUUCACACAGGGCAGAAACCUUAUAAAUGCACAAUGUGUGACAAGAGCUUUACACAGAAGCAUGGAUUGAUGAGGCAUCAACAUGUCCACACUGGCCAGAAGCCGUAUAAAUGCACAAUGUGUGAUAAGAGUUUUGUACAAAAAAGUAACAUGGUAAAUCACCAGAGGAUUCACACGGGGCAGAAACCCUAUAAAUGCACAAUGUGUGGUAAGAGUUUUAGACAAAGAGGCAACCUGAUAAGUCAUCAAAGAAUCCACAAUAGACAGACAAAGCAGCAUUUAUUACAAGAAAAAUAAAGCAUCAAAAUAACAUUUAACUUGGAAAAGAAUGCAAAGAACUUGAAAAGAAGGAACAUGGAAGUACCUGGGAAUAGAUAAAGGGUCAGCAAUAAAGCAUGAAGAAAUGAGAGCAAAGCUUAGUCAGGGAUAUUGAUAAGACUAAAGCUAGUAAUGAAAACCACCUUUCUUCUAGGAAAAAAAGUUCAAGCUAAAUAUUGGCUUGCUCUUCCUGUUCUAACUCACAGCAUUGGAUCAGUUGGACAAGAAAACUACUUUAUGCCCCUCAAAGGCUAUACAAAGCAGUGCAUGGCAAGAAUAUAUAUCCUGCAGUGUGAAGGCAAUCUGAGCUUCCCAGAAAUUACUUGGGUAUAGGUCUGCAGUCAUGGGAUUACAUUGAUAUUUGUUGACACCAUCAGACUGAAACAUAGAGAAAGUUCUAAACCAGUGGGAAAACAAAUCUAAGACGACAUUUUUGCUGAGAUUAGAGUUUUGGAAAGGAGCACAAAUAAAAAUGGAAAUAGUAAAACAUCAAAACUGGGGAGCAACAGAAAGUGCCAAAAUGAAAGAAUAAAAAUAACAUGAUGAGAAGAAAAGGAAAGAAAACUGGAAAACCUGUAGUAUAGCGGAAAGUAUCGAAAACUGCAGAAACAACCACAUGUUGCUGAAGAUUUGAUGAAUGAAUGGCUAAGGAAAGAUGAAUUUAAGUUAAAAGAUUAAGAGGGAAAGAGGGAACAACAUAUUGGACCUGGUAAUCACCAACAUGGGGACUCUGUUCCACACCAGAGGUAAACCC